AUGGCGCCAUCCCUUCAGUCAAUCGGCCGUGUUGGCUGGGACCUGCUCAUGAAGCAGUGUGGCCCCGACAGCGCUCCUGAGACCGUCAUACUUUCGCCGCUAUCCAUUACCAUGGCACUGGGUAUGCUUGCCGGCGGAGCAGACGAGUCCAAGAAACUCGGCCUGUCCACGAAACUUGGUCUUCAAAACGCGGGCGAGCUAGAGUCGGUCCUUCACCCGCUGCACACGACCCUUUGCGGCGAUGCAAAGGACGGUCCGCUGGCGCUCGCAAACGCCGUCUUUACAGAUCAAAGUGUCACUCUCUUUCCCGCUUACCAGAAUUUCUUGAAGGGCUUCAACGCGGAACAUAAACAGUAUCCAAACCUUGCCGAGGCUGCGUCCGACAUAAAUGCGUGGAUCUCAGACAAUACACGUGGCUUGAUCCGAGACAUGUUGUCUCCCGCGAGCCUGACCAAUAGCCACUUGGCACUGGUGAACGCCAUUGGAUUCAAGGGGACAUGGCAAACCAAGUUUGAACCGCGCGACACUCGCAAAGAGACCUUUUCCGUCACCAAGGAUGAAGAGACCGAGGUAGACAUGAUGUAUUUGCGCAGCCAACACCUCUCAUCUUUGGAAACGUCAACAUACAAGGCCGUUCGUUUGCCGUACACACUGCCGGAAUCCUACCCAUCAACCUCGCUCUUCGCCUAUCUGCCCAACGAAGGAACAUCACUCAGCGCCGUUUUGGAGGACAUAGUCAAGAAUGGUAGCGCGGGCGACCAGUUCACCUCGGUAAAAUAUGACGAGUUUGGGUUCCCCAAGUUUGAGAUUGACAGCAAGUUCUCUCUUGUCGAUACUCUCGCGAAGCUCGACUAUCCCAUUGGAGGGGCAUAUACGGAAAUGGCAGACGGCCAGAACCAGGUGCAAACUAUUGCCCAUCAAGCCUAUGUCAAGGUUGACGAAGAGGGUACAGAGGCCUCAGGCGCGACGGCGGUCAUCAUGACCAGAAGCAUGAAUUUUGACCCCAAGUUUUUGGUCUUUAACAGGCCGUUUGUUUUUGCCAUUGCCAGUGACAAGCCGGAUGCAAUCUUGUUUGCGGGCAUCUAUUCCGGUAAAUAG